AUGAAGUUUGGAGGAGAGAGCUUACUACUGCUGGUUUGUUCUCUUUUGUACGCAGGGCUUGCAGUUGAUGCCUUGGCCUAUGACUAUACGGCCAGUAUAGAGUGUUUGGCGAAUCCUCACAAGCCUCAAUAUGGAGGAGGAAUCAUUAGAAACCCUGAGUUGAAUCAAGGCUUGAAAGGAUGGUCUACAUUUGGAGGUGCAAAAAUAGAAAGAAGAGAAUCAGGAGGCAACCAUUUCAUUGUGGCCCAUAGCAGAAACCAAACAUAUGGUAGUUUUUCACAGAAACUUUACCUGCAGAAAGACAAGCUCUACACCUUCUCUGCUUGGAUCCAAGUGAGUGGUGGAAAUGCUGCAGUGGCAGCUGUUUUCAAAACAAGCGAUGGGUUCAAACAUGCGGGCGCAAUUUUCGCUGAGUCUGGGUGCUGGUCCAUGCUUAAGGGUGGCCUCACCAUGAAAUCAUCAGGCCCUGCUGACCUCUUCUUUGAGAGCAAAAAUACAAAGGUUGAAAUAUGGGUGGACAGCAUCUCAUUGCAACCCUUCAUCCAAGAGCAAUGGAAGUCUCAUCAAGAUCAAAGCAUUGAGAAGACACGAAAGACAAAGGUGAGAAUUCAAGCAAUUGAUGCUAGAGGAAAUCCACUUCCGGGUGCAACAGUGCAAGCUCGUCAACAGAAAUUGAGUUUCCCAUUUGGUAAUGCUAUGAACAAGUACAUUCUUGAUAACCCUGCCCACCAAAAUUGGUUCACCUCGAGGUUCACCGCCACAGCAUUUGAAGAUGCACUGAAAUGGUACACCAACGAACCCUCCCCUGGUAAGGAGGACUACUCCGAUGCUGACGCCUUGUUUCAAUUCUCUGAACAAAACCAAAUCGCAGUCCGGGGCCACAAUAUUUUAUGGGACGACCCCAAAUACCUACCUGGGUGGUUGUUGUCUCUUUCGCCUAGCCAAAUCCGAUCAGAUGCAGACAAAAGGAUAAAUUCUGUUGUCCAACGAUACAUAGGAAAGGUUAAUUCAUGGGAUGUUGUGAAUGAAAAUCUGCAUACUUCUUUCUUUGAGGACAAGCUUGGGCCCAAUGCUUCUGCAGUUUUCUUCCAAGAGACUCGCCAGCUUGAUAAAACAACCCCCUUGUUCAUGAAUGAGUAUAAUACUUUGGAAAAUGGUGGAGAUCCUCUCUCCACACCUGCUAAAUACAUUCAAAAGCUGAGAGAUAUUCAAUCUUUUUCCCCGGACAUUGGUUCAGUUGGAAUUGGGCUUCAGGGUCAUUUCCACACCCCAGACCUUGCUUACAUGAGAUCCUCCCUUGAUACCCUUGCUGCAGCAAAACUGCCCAUUUGGAUAACUGAACUAGAUGUUGCAAGCAGCCCCGAUCAGGCAUCAUACUUAGAACAGGUUCUCUCCGAAGCACAUGCUCAUCCGGCAGUUGUUGGGAUAGUGAUGUGGGCGGCAUGGAAACCAGAGGGCUGUUUCCGGAUGUGUUUGACUGAUGGCCAAUUCAAGAACUUGGCCACAGGAGAUGUUGUAGACAAGCUGAUCAGCCAGUGGACAGGUCGGUUUGUGGGGAUGACUAAUGCCGAUGGUUUCUUGGAAACCUCCCUUUUCCACGGAGAUUAUGAAGUCUCGAUCAGUCAUCCGACCCUGAAGAAUUCGUCCUUGAUUCAUGGCUUUAAGGUUGCACCAACAGAUCAUAUGUCCCAGGAAAAAGAAAUGCUUGUUACGUUGUCUGCAUGA